UCCUCGCCCGGGCCGGGCCCAUCCCAGCCCAGCCCGCGGCCAGGCGCGGAGCGGCGGCGGCAGCCAGCGAACGACCGAGCUCCGCGCCGCUCGGCCGGUUGCCUCCGCCGCCGGCCUGAGCGUUAUGGCGUGCGGCGGCGAGCGGCGGACGCGGGCGCUGUGGCUGGCGGUGCUGUGGUUGUGGUUGCCCGGGCGCUGCGGCGGCGCCAUGGACGAAUGCACGGAGGAGCGGAGCGGCCGUCCUCAGCGCUGCAUGCCCGAGUUCGUCAACGCGGCUUUCAACGCCACGGUGCUGGCCACCCACACGUGCGGGACGCCAGCCGAGGAGUACUGCGUGCAGACCGGCGUCACCGGCGUCACCCAGUCCUGCCACCUCUGCGACGCCGCCCAGCCCCACCUGAGCCACGGCGCCGCCUUCCUCACCGACUACAACAGCCCGGCCGAUGCCACCUGGUGGCAGAGCCGCACCAUGCUGGCGGGCGUGCAGCACCCCGCCGCCGUCAACCUCACCCUCCACCUGGGAAAGGCCUUUGACAUCACCUACGUGCGCCUCAAGUUCCACACCAGUCGGCCAGAGAGCUUUGCCAUCUACAAGCGCACCAGGGAAGAUGGCCCUUGGGUGCCCUACCAGUACUACAGCGGCUCCUGCGAGAGCACCUACCGCAAAGUCAAUCGGGGCUUCAUUCGCACUGGGGAGGAUGAGCAGCAGGCCCUCUGCACGGAUGAGUUCAGUGACAUCUCCCCCCUCACGGGUGGGAACGUGGCCUUCUCGACGCUGGAGGGUCGGCCCAGCGCCUACAACUUCGACAACAGCCCUGUGCUGCAGGAAUGGGUGACAGCUACAGAUAUUAGAGUGACCCUCAAUCGUCUGAACACCUUUGGAGAUGAAGUCUUCAAUGACCCCAAAGUUCUCAAGUCUUACUACUAUGCAAUUUCUGAUUUUGCUGUGGGUGGUAGGUGCAAAUGCAACGGGCAUGCCAGUGAGUGUGUGAAGAACGAGGUCGGGAAGCUGGUCUGCAACUGCAAACACAACACCUUUGGGGUCGACUGUGAAAAGUGCCUUCCCUUCUUCAAUGACCGUCCGUGGAGGAGAGCGACGGCAGAGAGUGCCAAUGAAUGCUUGCCUUGUGACUGCAACGGGAGGUCGCAGGAGUGCUACUUUGACCCUGAGCUGUACCGCUCCACGGGCCACGGGGGCCACUGCGUGGGGUGCUCGGAUAACACCGAUGGUGCCCACUGCGAGAGGUGCAGGGACAGCUUCUAUCGCCUGGGCAGCGAGGAGGGAUGUCUGCCCUGCAGCUGCAACCCUGUCGGCUCCCUCAGCACGCAGUGCGACAGCUACGGCCAGUGCAGCUGCAAGCCCGGCGUGGUGGGUGAGAAGUGUGAUCGCUGCCAGCCAGGUUUCCACUCCCUCUCCGAAGCUGGGUGCAGGCCCUGUUCUUGUGAUCUGGCUGGCAGCACAGGGGAGUGCAACGUUGAGAUGGGCCGGUGUACGUGCAAGGACAACGUCGAGGGCUUCCACUGUGAGAGAUGCAAACCUGGAUUUUUCCACCUGGAUUCCUCCAAUCCCAGAGGCUGUACCCCCUGCUUCUGUUUUGGACAUUCUUCAGUCUGCACCAAUGCCAUUGGCUACAGUAUAUACAGCAUCACCUCUGACUUCCAAUUUGGAGAGGACGAGUGGCGCGCCGAGCAGCGCGACGGCUCCGCGGUCUCGCUGCUGUGGAGCACGGAGAGCCAGGACGUCUCUGUCAUCUCGGACAGCUACUUCCCCAUCUAUUUUGUUGCACCACGCAAGUUCUUGGGCAACCAGGUUUUGAGUUAUGGGCAGAACCUGACCUUUUCAUUCCGCGUGGACAGGCGGGACACACGCCUCUCUGCAGAAGACCUGGUGCUGGAAGGGGCUGGCCUGAGAGUGUCAGUGCCCCUCAUUGCCCAGGGCAACCCUUACCCCAGUGAGAAUGCGGUGACUUACACCUUCAGGCUCCAUGAGGCUGCAGACUACCCGUGGAGGCCUACUCUUUCAGCAUUUGAGUUCCAGAAGCUUCUCCACAACUUGACAUCCAUCAAGAUCCGUGGGACAUACAGUGAGAGAAGCGCUGGCCACCUGGAUGAUGUUACCAUCACAAGUGCUCGUCCUGGACCUGGCGUGCCUGUGCCCUGGGUGGAGAGCUGCUCCUGUCCAGCAGGAUACGAGGGGCAGUUCUGUGAGCGCUGCUCCUCUGGGUACCGGCGAGAGACACCAAGCCUGGGGCCUUACAGCCCCUGUGUGCCAUGCACUUGCAACGGGCACAGCGAGACCUGCGAGCCCGAGACUGGUGUGUGCAAUUGCAGGGAUAACACGGCGGGGGCUCACUGUGAGAAGUGCAGCGACGGCUACUACGGAGACGCAACAGCGGGCACGGCUUCGGACUGCCAGCCCUGCCCGUGCCCGGGCAGCUCCAGCUGUGCCAUCGUGCCCCGCACAAGGGAGGUUGUGUGCACCAGCUGCCAGACUGGCACUACAGGCAAGAGGUGUGAGCUGUGCGAUGAUGCCUACUUCGGAGACCCGCUGGGUGCCAACGGAGCUGUCAGGCCUUGCCGCCUCUGCCAGUGCAAUGACAACAUUGACCCCAACGCCGUGGGCAACUGCGACCGCCAGACAGGCGAGUGCCUCAAGUGCAUCUACAACACCGCCGGCUUCUACUGCGACCGCUGCAAGGAUGGCUUCUUCGGCAACCCCCUGGCCCCAGACCCUGCUGACAAGUGCCGAGCUUGUCACUGCAAUCCCUACGGCACCGUGAAUCAGCAGACGAGUUGCAAUCAAGUGACUGGGCAGUGCGAGUGCCUGGCUCAUGUCACCGGGAGGGACUGCAGUGCCUGUGAGCCUGGCUACUUCAACCUCCAAAGUGGACGUGGCUGUGAGAGGUGCAACUGCCAUGCUCUGGGCUCCACCAACGGCCAGUGCGACAUACGAACUGGGCAGUGUGAGUGCCAGCCGGGUGUGGCUGGCCAGCAUUGCGACAGAUGCGAGGUCAACCACUUUGGCUUUGGCUCUGAAGGUUGUAAACCCUGCGACUGCGAUCCCGAGGGGUCGCGCUCCCUGCAGUGCCGGGAGAACGGUCGCUGCGAGUGCAAGGAAGGCUUCGUGGGCAGCCGCUGCGACCAGUGUGAAGAGAACUACUUCUACAACCGCUCGUGGCCAGGCUGCCAGGAGUGCCCAGCCUGCUACAGACUAGUGAAGGACAAGGUGGCGGAGCAACGAGAGAGGCUGCAGGAGCUGGAAAAUCUGAUAGCAAAUCUGGGUACAGGAGAGGAUGCUGUAACUGAUCAAGCCUUUGAAGAGAGGUUGAAGCAAGCAGAAAGAGAUGUUAUGGAGCUGCUCCAUGAAGCGCAAAACAGCAAAGAUGUAGAUCAGGACCUCAUGGAUCGUCUGAAGGACAUCAACAGCACACUAGUGAGUCAGCUCAACAGGCUGAGGAACAUUCAGAGCACUGUGCAGGAGACAGAGAGCCUGGCAGAGCAAGCCCGGGUGCGGGUGGAGGACACCGAAGACCUGAUCACCUUAGCUUCUGAUAUGCUUGAGAAGGCAAAGAUGGCAGCUGACAACGUGUCCAUUACACCUCCAGAGUCAACUGGGGACCCUAACAACAUGACUCUAUUGGCAGAAGAGGCCCGUAAGCUGGCUGAAAGACACAAAAAAGAAGCUGAUGAGAUUGUUCGCAUAGCCAAGGCAGCAAACGAUACUUCCACAGAAGCAUAUCAACUGCUGCUGAAGACCCUGGCGGGAGAAAACCAAACUGCAAGUGACAUCCAUGAACUCAACCUGAAGUAUAAUCAAGCCAGGAACAUCUCUCGUGACCUAGAGAAACAGGCCAAGAAGGUGCUUGCAGAAGCAGAGGAAGCUGGAAACAAAGCCCUGCAAAUCUAUGCUAACCUCACCAGUCUGCCUAGUGUGGAUUCCACGGGGCUGGAGAAUGAAGCAAAUAAGAUCAAGAAAGAAGCAGAGGAGUUAGAUCAGCUAAUUGCCAGGAAGCUGAAAGAUUAUGAAGACUUGAGAGAAGACAUGAAAGGAAAAGAGCUAGAAGUGAAGAACCUCUUGGAGAAAGGCAAGACUGAGCAGCAGACUGCAGACCAGCUCUUGGCUCGAGCGGAUGCAGCAAAGGCUAUGGCUGAGGAAGCUGCUCGGAAGGGCAAUGGCACACUCCAGGAGGCUAACACCAUUCUCAGCAACCUGAAAGAUUUCGACAAGCGGGUGAACGACAACAAGACGGCAGCCGAAGAGGCGCUCAGGAGGAUUCCUGCCAUCACGCAGACCAUUGCUGAAGCCAACAGCAAGACGCGCCAGGCGGAGCAGGCCCUGGGCAACGCCGCUGCCGAUGCCCGCGAAGCCAAGGCCAAGGCAGACGCCGCCGAGAAGAUCGCUGCUGCCGUUCAGAAGAGUGCUGCUGGUACCAGAGCUGAGGCUGACAAGACUUUCGCUGAUGUGACGGGGCUGGCCAAGGAAGUGGAUGACAUGAUGAGGCAACUGCAGGAUGCAGAGAAGGAGCUGAAGCGGAAGCAGGAGGAUGCUGAGCAGGAUAUGAUGAUGGCAGGCAUGGCCUCCCAGGCUGCCCAGGAGGCAGAAGACAACGCAAGAAAAGCAAAGAACUCCGUGAGCAGCUUGCUCACUGUCAUUAAUGACCUGCUGGAUCAAUUAGGACAACUGGAGACGGUGGACUUGAAUAAACUGAAUGAAAUUGAGGGUACCCUGAACAGUGCCAAAGACCAGAUGAAAGAGAGCGACCUGGACCAGAAAGUGUCUUUCCUUGAGAGAGAAGCCAGGAAGCAAGAUGACGCGAUACAGGCCUACAACAGGGACAUUGAAGAGAUCCUGAAGGACAUUAGCAACCUGGAAGACAUCAAGAAGACCUUGCCCUCUGGCUGUUUCAAUACCCCGUCCAUUGAGAAACCCUGAGGGUGCUCUGGGGUGGGGGAGGUUCCCCUGGUGAGCAGUGGAGCAGUGGUUUGGCUAUGGAGUGCCUUAACACACGGUUGCCUUCUUCAGACCCCCGACUCUUUGCUGCUCUCAGCCACUGUUUUCUUUUCCAAUCAGGAUGAGUUGAAAGGUCUCUCUUUUUAUUGCCUUUUUCCUUUUUAAAGAGAAGCAAAUUAAAUCUCCGUCUAUGGGCAUCAAAGGGGUUUUUUUAUAUAUAAAUUGUCUUCCUGAGCACUCCACCUUUGCCCCUCUCUGACACAGUUUCCCUUUGAUUGGCACAGGAGCAAGAGGUGCUCUGGACUCUCUAUGCUGUGGUUCAGAAAUACCCAUGUGAGCUGGAUACAGCAAGGCAAAACUAACCCUCCUCUCACUCCUCUCUUCUCCCCUCCACUCCAGAGCUCUCUGUCCCUAUGAAGGAAGGGGAUGGCUACCAAAGUAUUACUGUAAUGGCCAGUAUAGCUGCACUCAUUCAGAUCCUUCUUCCCAAUUUCUGACCCUGUGAAUUUAUUGUGACUGUUUUAAUCAUGAACUAGUGGCCAAUCCAACAGCGUUGGUAGCCUUUGACAAAAAUAGGUGAAGCCUCUUUCUGAAAUGCUUUCUGUGAUGCAGUGCUCUGAGGGGGUCAAAAAGAGCCCCACAGCCUCUGAGAGGAGCUCUGUGGGAGGAUGGGGGUGGUGGUAGAGGGGUAGGUCUUUUCUGGUGGAGCCGUAGGUCUUCCCUGCUCCUGGUCUGUGGAGAAGUUUUGGGUCUGAUCUGUCGGCAGCUUCCAGACAGAGGAAUUAGGAAGCUGUGAAGUGCAUUCCCAUCUCUAGGUGUUGCUACUGAAUUGCCAGAAGGUCUGGUUUUUAGGCCGUGGAUGUCUGAUGGGUUAGGUUAGUUUGUUCAAGCAGGAGAAGUCUCGCUGAAGAGGGGAGCUGCCAUCCAGAGAGCUCCAACAGCUGCCCUGGCCUUCACAUUGACUGUCUCUGGAUGGGGAAGGAAAGGGGCAUGCAAAAGCCUUUCUCCCCAUGGUUUUUCUAGAGGAGGACAGUGUCGUUUUUACAUCUCUUGGCACUACUCUUGCCUUUUGCCUGGCAGAAAGAAAAGGACUUUGCCAGUGUCCUCCUUUCUUCUUGCCUACCAUACUCCCACGGCAGCACAGGGACUUCCAGGGGUGGCAGGUCUGCAUCUCUCACUGCUGCCUCACCUCCUUGCAGGCUCCCUCCCAAGUUUGUGCCUCCCAGCUGCUUGCUGGUGCUGGGCAACAGCAGGAGGGAGCCCCUCACUCCUCCUCCUCUUCCUGCAGCUUCCUCCUUGCUUUCAGCCUGGCAUCCCUCUUCCUUCCUUCCUUCAGCCCCCAGUAUAUAUCUCUCCUUAAACACUAUGCAACUCGUACGUUUGCGUAGCGGGGAAGAACUCUCUGAUCUGACACACACUGGUGCUAUGAAUUAUUUCAAAUGGAUAUUGUUUGUGUGAAUGUGAUUUGGUUCUUUUUGGGUUGUUGUUUUUUUUUUCCUUGUGUGUGCAUUUUUUUUUGGGGGGGGGGGUUUGUUUUCCUAAAUCAUGAUUACAGUGUGAGGAAGUCUGUUGUGUGUGCGUAUUGUGCGUGUGUGUAAAUAUCCUCAGCCAUAUUUCCAGAGUGGCACAGCCUGGCCUCACUCCUCAACGUGCUCCCUCCGCGGCAGCCAUCGGGGUGUGGGUGCUGCACAUCCCUUCUCUCCACGUUAUUCCCUUGGGAGCUUGCUGUUCCUCCCACCUGAGCCUCCUGCUUUCUCCCUCUCCCGUGCCCUCAGCGCUCUUACGGGCACCAGCAAUAACCACUUUGCCCCUCGAGUAGCUGCUUCAAAGCCAGCUCCGGUGCGUGGUGGUCGCAGCGCUCUUGUUUUGUGUCCCAUGUGCCCCAGGGACGUUGUGGCAGGAGGAGAGUGGGAGCUGUGGCUUUGCAGCUGGGCUAUGAGGAACCUGUAGCACUGCUGGGACACCAAACCCAAUGUUGAGGUGGUUGGAGAGCAGGAUUUGGGGGGCAUUUUGAUACCACUGCAUGAGGUGGGGGGCUUGGUGCACCCUUGUGAAGGGCACUGCCGGGCAGGGUCUGUUCCCGGCGAACAUCACUCUCGUGUCCCUUCUCUUGGAGGCGAUUGACUGGCUUAGGCUUUCCCCCUGCCUGCAAACACACCCAGUGCUUGGAGAAGAGCCUACCUGUGCACACCCACACGCGUGUGCUGCUGAGCUGGGUGCCUUGGCUGGCUGCUCUGCUCAGAUGGCUGCCUGUAACCGCGUCACCUCUCUGCCAAGGCUGUGAGAAGAGCAGAUGCUAAGAUGCGCACGUGCCCUGGCUGACCUCAGGCCUUAAGGUUUCCUACUUUCCUCUCUCUUCUUUUCCCCCCCCCUUUCUUAAGCUGUUUUUAACAGAAUUUUAUUUUUAAAUGAAUGAAAAAAAAAAUCUUUAUAAGCAAUCUCUUAAUCACUACUGCAUUACAGCCAUUACUCAGUGUAUAAGUCCAGUUAUUUCUUUACGUAAUGUGAUGCUGCAACAGCUGCUGGUGGAGCGCUGGGGCGUCACGGGUGCCGUGUGACAGUCCCUUCACCACCUUAUUCCUGACUGUGGCCCCCCUCAGUAUGUGCCUUCACCCCAGCUUUUUUUUUUUUUUGCCUUAAUUCUGUGGUCUUGCUGUCUGGGGCGGUGAACAAAAUGCAACACUUGCAGGUUUUAUGUAUAAAACAGUAUUUCUUAUUUAUAAUAAAGUCUGACUAUUUGUAACCCCUUA